UCUGUCCCGGUCCCUCCUCGUCUGUGCGCGGGGCUUAAAGGGCUGGUCCCCGCGGUGAGUGCAGACACAGAGCGGACUGGAGCAGAAUGAGCGCGGCUGUGGAGAGGUUUGUCCUGUGCGUCCUGUGCGUCCUGUGCGUCCUGAGCGCGCCGCGGGUGGAGGGUCGGAGAUCGCACCGAAACGGAGGAGCGUUCGAGUCGGAGCGCUUCAUUUUCCGGGAGCAGUGUGCGCUGAAGGAGGAGCCGGGCCCCUGUAAGGCCCUCAAACCCCGGUACUACUUCAACAUCGACUCGGGGAGCUGCGAGAUGUUCGACUACGGAGGAUGUAAAGGGAACGACAACAACUUCCUGACCAAAGAAGAGUGUGAGGAGACGUGUGUAGUGUCAGAGGAUAAGGACCCGUGCCAGCUGCCCGAGGCCCCGGGGCCCUGCAGGGGGCUGGUCUCACGAUUCCUGUUCGACCCCGAGACCCAGAGCUGCAGACACUUCUUCUACGGCGGCUGCUUCGGGAACGCCAACAACUUCAGAACCAUCGACGAGUGCAAGAACAAGUGUCAGAGCACAGAUAAAAUGGAGCAGACUUCACCUCCUCCCCGGGCGGAGCAGGAGGACGUCACACAUGGACCAAACGCACCGUCCACCCUGGAGACGACCGCAGUGACCGAAAAGAUGAGCGUGGACGGUCAAGCGCAGCCACUGGUCCAGUUCCACAACAAAACCAAAGAACAUUACUCCAAAGACGUGGACGUGUCGGAGGACUGUCUCCUCGCCGUGGACAGAGGCUCCUGUGACGAGCCGCAGAGGAGGUACUUCUACAACUCCACCAGCGGGAGGUGCCAGAUCUUCAAAUUCUCGGGCUGCGGGGGGAACGCGAACAACUUCCUCCACCGGCGACACUGCAUCAAGAAGUGUGUGCACAGAGUCAAAGACCACAGAGGCAGGAUGGGAGAAAAGAUGAUCCGGAUCCGGAGGAAAAACCUGGAAAAGUUCAGACACGUCUCUGCCUGAUCCUGAUCCUGGUCCUGAUCCUGGUCCUGAUCCUGGUCCUGAUCCUGAUCCUGGUCUUGGUUCCUGAUCCUGAUCCUGAUCCUGAUUCUGAUCGUGGUCCUGAUCCUGGUCUUGGUCCUGGUCUUGGUCUUGGUCUUGGUCCUGAUCCUGAUCCUGGUCCUAAUCCUGGUCCUGAUCCUGAUCCUGAUCCUGAUCCUGAUCGUGGUCCUGAUCCUGGUCUUGGUCCUGGUCUUGGUCUUGGUCUUGGUCCUGAUCCUGAUCCUGGUCCUAAUCCUGGUCCUGAUCCUGAUCCUGAUCCUGAUCGUGGUCCUGAUCCUGGUCCUGGUUCCUGGUUCCUGGUUCCUGAUCCUGAUCCUGAUCCUGGUCUUGGUCUUGAUCCUGGUCCUGGUCCUGGUCCUGGUCCUGGUCCUGGUCUCUCUCGCCCCUCACUGCACUGGACAUGUCCGUAGAGCACAGGCCGUGUUUUGUUUAAAUUUUAAACGCGGUUCGUUAUUUUCACUUUGUGUUUUUUGAUUUUUCACUUUCACUUUGAGUUUGUCGUUUGUUUUUGGAGACAAUUUUUAAAUCAGGAAAUGACUUUAUCGAAAAUCACUUUAACAGAAUGAAGGCGCAAUGUGUAACUUUUCUGGUGGAGAGUGCGCCACCUUCUGGUCUCCAUGGAGAUGCCUGAAAUGUUCUGCAGUAUGGCAUUAAUGAGGGGGUGGUGUGCAUUUCCUUUUUUCUUUUUUCUUUUUUUUUUUUUUACAAUAAAAAUAAUAAAUAAUAAAUAAAAUAAAUAAAUACAGUAAAAAAAUAAAUAAAAUAAAAUAAAAAAUAAAGUAGUUUUUUUUUUCUUUUCUUUUUUUUUUCACCCCAUAGAAGCAAAACACCUCUGUCUCCAUGGAAACAGACAUGUAAAUUCAGAUAAACUAUGAACGUAUUCCCAGCGUUUUUUGACAAAUACCCAAACGCCCGGAGAUGCUUUAAUGUGAACAGAUCCAUGACAUCUCCAUGGCAACAGGCAGCGAGAUGGACCCUUCCAGAAAAGUCACACAGUGCACCUUUAAUAUUACUUAAAAUUCUUGUGUAUUUUCCAACUAAACAUUAUUUUUUUCAUCCGCGAGCAAAGAUCAAACACCAAAACUGAUUACAUUUAAACAAUUAUAAUUUCCUACACAUUUUUUUGCGCCGUAAUCGUGUUUUCACCAUUUCAGAUUCGACAAAUGCGUCAAACUUUAUGCUGCAAACGUUUUAUAUAAAAUAUAUUUGAAACCUUGUACACACUGUUUCUGUAAUUUUAUAUUUUAUGUUUUUUACUCAUCAACUUUAGCACUUUUCUUAUUUUUAUUACUGUUUUUAAUCAAUAACUUUCAUUUUAUUAAGUCUGUCGUGUUUUUAUUGUCGUCUUAAUCCGAGCCACUGAUCAAAACGAGUCGUGUUUUUAAUUUUUAAUCAAAUAAAAGUGUUUUUUUUUCUUAAGUGUUCAUGCACUGCUUUACACUGUGUUGUCUUCUCUGAACACCAGGUGGCGGUGUUGUAUUAAAUAUGAUCUACCAAAGUCUGUACGCAAACUUUGUAUUAUAAUAAAAAAUAAAAUGAUACUUUUUUUUUUUCAAGAAUGUUUUUUGGAUGUUUUGACUCUUUAAAA